AUGACAUUUAUUGAAUUUUUUUACCACAAUGCAAGUGUUGCGGUGUUGAAUCAAGAAGCUUUAUCCUACGUCAGAAAUGAUGAACCUAUUGGAAUUUUAAUAGACAUGUGGUAAUUAAUAAUUUUAGUUAUGAAUAAUAAGGACACAUUAUUUAUAAAUUCAAGUAAGCUUGUUGUUAUCAUUAAAGAAUUCGAAUUUAAAGACAAGUCGAUGUAUAAUAGUCAAAAUAAUGAAAUAAUACUAAACUUUUUUCAAAUAUAUGAUUAUUCAGUGUCUCAAAGUUAUAUUGAAAAUUAAUUUGAUUAUAACAGGUCAGUUUAUGAUUUAUCACCUAUCAUCGUUUCAGGUAAUGGUUAAAUAUUAUAAAGAAAAUUAUUUAUUUGUAUUUUUGGACAAUUUUUGGCCUGUAGCACUUAAAAUUUUAAUACAAAUAUUUAUUUACUUUGCUUAUUUGAUAUUACCAUGGAUUUUGAUUAAUUUAAACUUUAUUGCAUUUUUCAUUCUUGAUUAUGUUGAAGAUAAGCCAUAUUAUUUUAAAAUAAAAGAGUCAUUUAUUUGGUUUGGAGGAUAGAGUAGGCCAGAAACAGAUAAUAUUUGUAAGCAAGUCUAUCGAUUUGUUUUUGCAAUGGUAAGUUUCUUAAUAGUUAUAAUAUUAUUUUCAGACUUCAUUUAUCUUAUAAUUAAUUCAUUAGCAAAAUCAAACUUUAAUACAAUCCAAGAUAUGAAAGAUAUCAAUGCAAUUGCUUGUUAUUUUGAAUAGGACUAAUUUCUUUAAAAUCUUUUUGAUAGAGAUAGAGGGUUGUAAAAAAAGGUUGGCGAUAGUUAAUUAUAAUGCAUGUAAAUGCUAAAUGAAUAAAUUGUUGAUGUAGUAAUUAUGAGCGAAUUUAAUUUAUUAAUUUUUUUAGAAUAACAUAAAAUGUAUUUGAGUAAAUUAAGAUAUUAAGUUAAAUUAAAUACAAAUAUUGCUCAUCAUAUUCUGAUAAAUAAAAAUGAUCCCCCAUGGUUUAGGAAAGAAUUAAAUGAUGCAAUCGAUGUUAUACAAAAGCAAAAGCUAGAUUUAAUGAUUAAAGAAAAGCAUUUACCCACUAAAAUAUAUAACUCCAAAAAUAAAUCAAUAAUGCCUUAUUAACCAACUCUUCAGUUGAUUUGUGCAAUACUAUCUAUUUUAUUUAUUAUUGUAAUUUAAAUCACUCUAGUGCUUUAAGAAUUUAAUGUAUUCAAGAAUAAAAUAAAAAUUAAAUACUUCUCUGAAAAGGUUGGAUCUAAAAUUAAAUAAAAUUGA